AUGUGGAAUUUUGCUUCGGAAAUUGUGUGUGGGUGUUUUCAGAAUGAUAAUCCAAUUCAAAGACUAAUAGAUGAAGUAAAUGAGUUGAAUAUAAGGAAAUAUGGAGAGCUGAGCUUUGUAGGGGCAGCAGUUUCUACUCAACACAGACUUAAGCAACAGAAAAGUGGUAUAAAUGCAGAUGCAUGGUUGGUUUCUUGGAAUCUAUUAGGAGUAGCUGAUGGUGUAUCUUCUGUAGAAUCGGAGGGUUAUGAUCCAAGUCAAUUACCUCAGGAGUUACUUCGCAAUUGCAUUGAACUUUGCAACUUGCGUGAAAGUAAUAGGAUGAGAUUUGAUAGUGCUAGUGAAGCUAUUUUUAGGAAACAUGAAAUUCCAUAUAUAUCUUAUGAAUUUUUGAAACAAAUAGUUAGUAGAUCAUGCUGUAACUGUACCUCAUAUGGCUCAACAACUUGCUUACUUUGUUUUUUAGAUGGAAACCAACUAUGGAUCACAAAUGUUGGUGAUUCUCAAUUAAUUAUACUACGACCAUCUAAUUACCAUACAUGUGAAUUACCAAAAAUUCCAGAUAUUUCAGAUUCAUCCAUUAGAAAACCUUUAACUGGCAACUCGAGGUGUAGAUUACCGAAUAAUGUUAUAAUUGGUGGUUAUCAAGUAGUAGCAAGGAGUGAAGUACAACAACACUUUUUUAACUGUCCAUAUCAAUUAACAAUAAUGCCAGAUCUUGACUGUUCAAGUGAGGAAAUCCUUAAAAGAUCUGCUAAUUCUAUACAGUCAUUGCGUGUUGACGUUAACGUUGGAGAUAUGAUAAUAAUGGGUACUGAUGGUAUUUUUGACAAUAUAUUUGAUGAAGAUAUGAUCGAUAUUGCUAAUAGAGCUGAGAAGAACUACAGUAAUAUUUAUUAUCAUAAUCCAAUUCUCCUUGCUGAUAUUAUUGCUAGAGAACUUGUUAAUUUUGCACUGAAGGCAGCUGAUCCAGUAGCUCCAGGAUGCAAAGCAAAAGUAACACCAUUUAGCGAAGGUGCACUAAUUGAUGUUAAUCGUCAUAUUGAAGGUGGAAAACCUGAUGAUAUUACCGUUAUUGUAGCCUUUGUUCAUUCAAAUAAUUCAACUAAUAAGACAGUCACAGAACCAGCGAUUUAUAGAAUGAAUGACUACAUCGGUAGCUCAACAAAAUUUAAUGAUGAUCCUUCAGUUUAUAUCAUUAAUGGUCAAAAAUUCUCAAGUUCAUGUUUUAAAGAGCCUUUCUCUAUUUUGGAUGACUUUUUUACAAAAUCACACAGCGAAGAUACUGGAAAUACUUGUUCUAACGAAGCAAACAAUGUUAACCAUCUUCAAAGUCAUACUUUAAAGCUAGAAACCCAGAAUUAUACUGACUUGAAUAUUAAGAGUUGCGAUAACCCAGUUUCUCAUCUAGAAGUGAAAAUUAAUGGUCGUAAAAGUUUCAAGUUAUUUCAGCAUCUAAAGAAGAAAAUUUAA